AUCAACUGACGAUUAAAAGACAAUCCAUUAUGAAGUUAUGUAUUGCCGUCUUGCUGUUAUGUGGAGUACACGUUGUGUUCAGUUGUUCCUGUGCACCGUCAAUAGGCCAUCCCCAGAACUUCUUCUGCAAUAGCGAUGCUGUUUUCAUUGGGAAAGUAAAAAAGGUCACUAAACCGGACACACAAUUUGAAAAUAUCGUAUACGUCGUCAAGGUGAAGAAGUCAUUUAAAGGAAACUGUAAGGGCGAAGUAACAGUCACCAGCGUUAACUCCGAAGGUACAUGUGGCAUCACUUACUUGGAAAAAAGGAAAACGUACCUGCUGACAGCCAAUAGCGGAGGUAACGGUACAUACUCGAUAGGGAUAUGUAGUAGUCGUGUCAUAGAGAAGGAGGACAUUACACAGAAAAUCAAGAAAUCAUACAAUAUCAAUAAGGCAACAAGCUUCCCCGGGAUGAACGAAAUCAACUGCGAUGAAUGUAAGAUCCAGUACUGUGGGGAAAACGGGAACUGUGGCAUUAUUGCGCCUCCAUCUACUACCUGCACGUACUUCGGUGAUCUUGAAAAAGUAAAAUGUUACAACAAGCUGCGGUGUAUACCCUCCGCGUCAGGAAAUUCGUGCAGAUGGUCAGCCUCUAACUGUGGCGGUCCAGGCAGCAUUACAAGUGGCUAACACAUUGCUUGUGCCUUUGUAUGGUAAAUAAAAAUAGUUACGUACCAAC